CCAAGAAUUUAUUCCCAGUUGAUAGACAAAAACGCCGGCUAAAAAAUGGAAAAGUUCACUAAAGCACAGGCAAAAAACUUGGCUGCUGCCCAGAAACUGGUGGACACCUACGCCUCCAGCUCCGAGGAUGAGGGCGAACUGGAUGAGAAGCAUAUUUUGGAACUCCUCUAUAAGAACUACCGACCGACGGAGGGCGCAGGGAGCUCCAAGGAUGCAGCCAAGACGAGUACGUUCCUGGAGAACACCUUGCACUCCGGAGCAGCCACCUGUCUCAUCUGCAUCGGCAGCAUCCGGCGGGUGGAGGCCAUUUGGUCGUGCGAGAGUUGCUACUGCUUCUUCCACUUGAACUGCAUCCAGCGGUGGGCCAACGACAGCAUGAUGCAGAUGAAGGUGAAGGCGGCGGAGCAGCAGAAUGGCCAGGCCAGCCAGGGUCACUACAAUCACCUGGGCGAGUUUGUGCCGCCCAAGAGGCAAAAAUCGCUCCAUUGGUGCUGCCCCCAGUGCCGCAGGGAUUACCAGCCGACGGAGAAGCCCACGCAGUACAACUGCUUCUGCGGCAAGGAGGAGAAUCCCCAGAAUCAGCCCUUCCUGGUGCCCCACUCCUGUGGAGAGAUUUGCGGCAAGCUGCUGCAGCCCAAGUGUGGACACGAUUGCAAGCUUCUAUGUCAUCCGGGGCCAUGUCCUCCGUGUGCCCAGCAGGCGCAGGUCUCCUGUUUGUGCGGCAAGUCCAGUCCAAGGUCCAUGCGAUGUAUUGAUAAACAGUGGAGGUGCCAGCAGGCGUGCCAGGAUCUCCUCGCCUGUGGGAAGCACAAGUGCCAGCAGUUGUGCCAUCGACCAGGACAGUGUCCUCCCUGCAGCAGCAAAAGCCUGCAGCCCUGCGAAUGCCAGCGGGAAUCCAAGAUGGUCAACUGCUCCGAUCGCAAAUGGAAGUGUCAGAAUGUUUGUGGCGCUCCCUUUGCUUGUGGCCUGCAUAUUUGCGAAAAGGUCUGCCAUGCCGGUGCCUGUGGCGAUGGCGAGUGUCCUUUGCAAGUCAGGAGUUGUCCUUGUGGCAAGAAUACCCAAGUUAGACCCUGUAAUGAGGCGGAGGAAACGUGUGGCGAUACUUGCCAGAAGCUGUUGUCUUGUGGCCAGCAUACUUGCACUCAGCGUUGUCAUCGUGGAGCCUGUAUUUCUUGCCCUAUAAGAACCAAAAAGAAGUGUCGUUGUGGAUUGCAUGAAAAGGAGCUGCCCUGCUCCAAGGAGUUUACUUGCGAGACUAAAUGCAAGCAGAUGCGUGACUGCGGCAAGCAUGCUUGCAAUAGAAAGUGCUGUGGCGAUCAGUGUCCGCCCUGCGAGAAGAUUUGUGGCAAGCAGCUGAGCUGCAACAAGCACAAAUGCCAGUCGGUGUGCCACAAUGGACCCUGCUACCCGUGCAAACUGGAGUCGCAAAUCAACUGCCGCUGUGGCAAGACCAAAAGAAGUGUUCCUUGUGGCAGAGAGCGGAGUGCUCGCAUUGUGUGCUUGGAACUCUGUCGGAUAACUGCCAAAUGCCAUCAUGGUAUCAAACAUCGCUGCCACAAGGGCGAGUGUCCUCCUUGCGGCCAAGUGUGUGGGCUGCCCAAUGAGACCAGCAAAUGUGGACACAUCUGCAAGGCUCGCUGCCAUGAGGCGGUUAGAGUUAAUAAACCCAAAGAGGCUAGGCCACAGGCCAAAAAGUAUGAAUAUAAGUCAUUACCCCAUCCGCGUUGCGAAGAAGGCGUCGUGGUGACCUGCAUUGGGGGUCACGAGGUGGCCACCUGGCCGUGCUGGAACUCCAAACCCACUUCCUGCCAGCGAAAGUGUGCCCGGCAGCUGAAAUGCGGCAAUCACAAAUGCUCCUUGGUCUGCCACUCGGUGGCCCAACCACAGGACAUGGCUCAGCAGCCGGGUUGCGCCAACUGCGAGGAGGGUUGCUCCGUUCCCCGACCCACCGGCUGUGUUCACUCCUGUCCCCGCGGCUGUCAUCCGCCGCCCUGUGCCCCUUGCAACUUUGUGAUCAAGAGCAAGUGCCACUGCGGACUCAAUCAGUUGGUGUACAAGUGCAGCGAGUAUUUCGAUGAAACGGGCACCGUUCAGGAGAUUAUCGAGCGUAGGGAGAAGCUUCGCAGCUGCGGCAAUCGUUGCUUGAAGAAUUAUCCCUGUGGCCAUCGCUGCUCAGCCAUUUGCCACUCAGGCAAGUGUCCAAAUCCCGAGCUGUGCCGCAAGAAGGUUCGCAUUUUCUGUGCCUGCAAGCGUCUCAAGCAGGAGAUUGCCUGCGACAAGCAUCGGGCGGGUCAGGUUUCCCUAGACUGCGAUUCCAACUGCAAGGCGGAGCAAUCUCGAGCCCAAGCGGCGGAGCAACAGCAGCUGGAGCAGAAGCGUCGCCACGAGGAGGAGCGAAACCGCCUGGAACUCGAGAAGUUCGAGGCCAAGUUCGGCAAACGCAAGCACAAGGAGCGCAAAACUGUAGAUGUUGGACCGGCAAAAACCAAGAUCGACUGGCAGCGAUGGGCCAUCUAUGUGGUAUCCAUCCUCACAGUUGUGGCUGCCAUUGCGGUGGCUUUCUACGCGGACAGUUAAACAAUCGAUCGAUUUGAACGGGAAUUUCUAAUAUCAAUUUAAACAGAUAAGCAAAUAGAAUUAAAGCAACGACUGAUAA